AUGAAGGCACAUCACAUAUUGCCGUCAGCCAGGAAUUCACCAAGCUCUGGUCAUGGUGUCCGCAGCAGAACAAGCAAGGCUUGCGAUCGCUGUAGAUUGAAGAAAAUAAAGUGUGAUGGAGCCACACGUUGCUUGAGAUGUCAAGGCGAUAAUGCCAUUUGCAUAUAUGGCGACCGGAAGAAAGCCCAUGACAAAGUGUAUCCUAAAGGAUAUGCGCAGCUUCUACAGCAGCAGCAAAGGUGGCUUGUUAAUGGCAUUCAAAAAUUGUACCAAUGCAUACAGAUCGGAGAAGGCUGGCCUGCGGAUCCAUUGAAGCACGAGACCAACAAUCAACCUCUUACGCACGACAUACUCACUGCUCUAGGUGUCUUGGAUCCAGAGCAAAGGGUGUGCAGUAAAGGCGAACACGAGACGCCACAGCAAGGGUUGAACGAACACAUGGAUGAAUGCACGCAGCGAUCAAAAACAUCCCCCGGCCCUCAGGGAUCCAUCCACAUCCAGCCUUUCCCAAUGCCUCGCGAUCUGAAUGGAUUUUCACCAGAAGAUCAACUUGAACGCGGAAAGUUUUUAUACAUAUGA